GGUCACAACUGGACGUACGAUUUUUUUUGGCCGCGUGAUUUUUGGCGUUUCCAAAAUCGCUGCGUUUUUUUUUUUUUGUUCGUGGAGAACGUAGUUGUGGUGACCAUGAAGGGGUAAGAUCACCGCGCACCCAACGUACAACCUGGAAGUCGAACGUGCGUACCACGCACGAAAUCUGAGGCUGCUCGGACCUCCGGCUGUCGCUUCAUUCGUACAGCCAACGCACGUAGUUGUAAGACCAAUGUCCUUCAAACGUGCACUAAUCGUACUGACCGUGCGUUCCAUGCAGGCUUCGUAUGAAGGUUGCAAGAACUGCGCACGAUCUGUACGUUGUGCGUACCAACGACGUUGGAUUUUUACUAAGAAAAUGCCAAAACAGCACCAUAAUUAGUAUUUAGUAGGUCAAUACUCACCAGUUGCGUGUAGUUCAGUAGCAGUGCCCUGUGUCAGUUUCCGUUUGUGGAUGGCGUUGCUGUACAGGUCCAAAGUCUUGUCGUAGAAACAAGGGUUGGCACGGAAAAAAUCUACCAAACUCUCCUCGUCUGCUACGCCGAAAGAGUACGACAAACUCCUGGCCUGCUGGCCACUGUCGUGGUCUUCAUCCUCCUCCUCACUGCUCCUUGUCCUCUCUCUCUCCUCCCUCUCUGUCACCCCCUCUCUCUCCUCCGUCUCCGACACCCUUUUCUAUCCUCCUCUUCCCUUUUGCCUUCGGCGUAUUGAAGCAAUGAAAUGAAAUUGGAUUUUCUCUCAAUUAAAGCCUACGUGUACAAAUGGCCGUAGGCACCCCUGCAGCUUUAUAUACCCGAGUUUUCGUGCGAUUGACGCCCUCUCGCCGUACGGCCAAUGCACGGCCGACGUACUCGACAUGCAUGGAUGACGUACGAAAUAUCUGAACGUGCGUUGGCCGCACUAAUCACAUAUGUGGGGCGCACGGCACACAUACGGAGUCCACAAGUGCGACGUACGAAAAAAAUUGACAUUUUGCCCAAACCUGACACCAGCAAAUCGUACGAAAGACGCACGUCGGCCGUACGGAAGACACACGCGGCCGUAAGUUUGUCUUGCAACCUGAAAAAAACGUAAGCGCCCGUAGAGUUUGUUUGACAUGACAAAGAACCUCUGCGGCCAGUCUACGGCUUGAAAAUGAGCACGUCACACGCGCGCCCUCCGUGUGUUUCUUGCGUUUUUUGCACGUAGACCGGGCGUAGGAGCACGUACGGCCGGUUGUGACCGAGGCUUUAAGCAUACUUCAAGUUCAGCUACACCCACGGAGCCAGGCACGAGCAACCCGCUGGCGACGGGUACUGCUGCGAUCACCACCACAGGCUCAGCUUCAACGACUUCGUCCGUGAAGCCCGUCGUGCCGGUAUCAGACAGGGUAUCUCACCAGCAGGUAUAAGUCAAAACUUUUUGUUUGAAACAUUUCAUUUAUGGGUAUAUUGUUAGAAAACCUAAAAGGUUGCACUGAACGUGCUGAAAAAGUCAAACAAGGUGGGAUAUGAUAUUUAAGAAAGAACACUUGUCAUGAUACACAAGUUUCAGUUGAUGGCAUGUUGAAUUAGGAUAUUAACUUCUAGAAAAAUACAUGUAUUUCAUUGCUAAAAUGAAUGGUUGUUGGGUGCCCCACCGGGGCGUUGCCCCUGGCCCCCCGACCCCCCCCGCUACUUUUCAGAUUUUUUUCUCAACAUGCACUCUCAUUCCUGAUUAAAGUUCCAGCUUUCUCUCUGACUGUUACAAAGGAAACUAAUUCCAAAAACGCUUAAAAAAAAUCUCCUCACGGAAAAUAUUUUGGAAAAUAUUACCAUAUUGAUGAUUACUACACUUUUUAAAAAAAAAAAUAUGGUGUACGAUAGUAACUGCAAAAACAAUCCAUAUUAAGGCCCACUUUACACGGGGACGGUCUGAAACAAAAACGCAAAAGUCCGUUUUCGUUCUCACUUUUUUCCGCGUCUACACGACCGUUUUCAAGGAGGAAACCUGCGUCUAUACGGCGACGCAUAAAUGUGUGGAAUUCAAUUGGAUGUGCAUGCCAGGCGGCUAGGUGGUGCUGUGAAAGACCUCCGCUAUGUCUGCACGCAUGCGCAACGUCUUCCGUCUUGUCUGAUCUGCACAUCUGCGCCGCGAAAACUUUGACUGCUAUGGUAAGUAAGAAAGUAAGUAAAAAAGUAAGCGCAUACUAUACCCGCCUCUGUUCAUUAACGGUAUAUGUGCAGAUUCGGUAUAGAUGUUCGAAGGACUCCUGGACGUUUAUUAAAGCUGCCAGAGCAGCUUGAAGGUCCGUUGGAUCGAUGUAAUCAGACAUGCUCUUACUUUUUUACUUACUUUCUUACUUCCCGGGCUGGCAUGUACAGUAUAUGACAUGUGUAUGACGUAAACGCGUACCCGACGUGAGCAAUCCGAGCAGAGUUUGGCGUAUUGGGUAGUUUAGACGGAUAUGCAACGGGGGCUGUUUUUAACUUAUCCACUCUGGAAGGCAUUUUCAAUUUUUUCCGUUUUUCAGCCUCGGAAACGCCGUCCCCGUGUAGACGAAAGGCACUUCCGAUAAAAUAUUUAGUCGUUUUUACCCGACAGUGUCCUCGUGUAAAUGGGCCCUAAUAUCAGCCUGUAAUUUGGAUUAGAGCAGGACCCUGUCAGAGCUGCUAUUCUCGAAAACUAAUCAACACCUUCAGACCAGUCAGAUUCAAGAAUUCUUCAGUAUACUGUUACGUUAUUUAAAAGUCGUAAUUUACAUCAGUGUUGUCCUGUUUACAAGAGUUUGUCAUAUCUGAAUUAUAAUUACAAAUUUCUGACUUCAUGUUUUUUUUUUUCUCAAAGCUUAAACUCAAAAGCGUUUUACAUCACAUUAUAAAACGGAUAUAAACAAAAAAUUAACUUUCGAGCAUACGCGCCUGUGAGCUUUUCCCAAUCAUUUUUCUAGUAAUGACCGUCAAAUCAAGAGUUAGCGGCUUGUAGAAUUUAGCUUUCUCGUUUCAAACAAAUUAUAACAAUUAGUGAUGCCAAAAAAUAUGCUUUCGCAACCCGUUAUGGCAUUGUGUGAGUUGCUAAAGAAAUGGCUAAAGCUAAGGUCACACAUAGUUGGUUGAUCCAAGAGAACCAUGGCUGGGGCUACCGUGGCCAUUCCGGCAGAUUUCGGAGGUGAUCUGUCGCAUAAAUGUGGGCGGAGUAAAUAUGCAAAUGAAGCCAUGGUAGCCGUGACGGUAGAGAAGGAAGCACCGCUGGUAACGACGGCUGGGCAGCAGUAGCCUCCGUGGUUGAGACUGGUUGGGUGACUAUGAACCCUUUUCACGUGACGUCACGACAAACGCGGCCGCCAUUUUGGACGUGUACUACCAGUAGUUUACCACAGCCAGCAUUGAGGAACGGCAGCAAAGAAAGUGUUUAUUUUCAGCAAGACUUCCAUCAUGCCACUAUAUUGUUGUGCACCUGGAUGUAGUAACCAUCAACAAACAAGGCAAGGGUUAUCAUUUUAUCGGAUCCCUGUAGAUGGAUGGCGGACAUAAACAGGAAAGAUUGGCAGCCCUCGGCAUACCAGCGCUUGUGCAGUGACCACUUUGUUGGAGACAGGGCCAAAAGGAGGGCCCGUCAUUUUAUAGAUUCCCCGCAGACGAGGAGAGACGCGCAAAAUGGGUGUCCACUGUGCGAAGAGAAAACUGGUACCCCAGUUCUACCAGCCGAAUUUGUAGUGAACACUUCAUAUCAGGUCCGACGUGAACGAUGUCACUUAAUAAAAAGGAAUCUUCCGCCACAUCACCAGUCUUAUUCCUGAACGUUAAAGGUGAACCCAUGCGCUUCUUUAUCAGACCUGGUCCCACCAAAGUGCAGCUUCAGCCUUUAAUAUCGAACGGUGGAGGCGUCCUCUGCCGAACCCAGGAGCCGAACGCCAUUUUAUUAGCGGAUCCCGGUGACAUCACGGCCGCUGUCGAAGAUGCCAGCCAUUUUUACAUCUCCACUCAGUACAUUCACGACUGUGUGGCUCAGAACCAGCAGUUAGACAUCGAAAACUACAGGUUCAGCAAUUUCCAGGCCGUCCAGACAAGGUCCACGUCACGGAAACGCCAAGAUACGGGACGCAUGAGUUACUCUCUUGAAGACGACACGGCCAUCUUGAAUUUCAUCGCCAAACAUCAGAAAGAAGCAAAAGGCAACCGGAUCUGGCAGCAGAUGGAGCGUCAGUGCAUCACCAGUCACAGCUGGCAGUCCAUGAGGGACCGCUUUCUAAAGCACCUGCAGCAUAAACUGGAACAGAAAUCCCCUGUGAACAAAAAGAAAGUUAUCCCGCUGAAAGAAAGCUCCUCUUCUGAGGAUAAUACGUCUCAACCUACGCCAAAGAAAACACCCAGAAAGAAAGCGGAGAUGGUUUUGAGUUCGCCUUCCGAUUUGGACGCCACACAGAUCGGCCACGAGCAUGAGGACGGGACAAGAGAACAACCAGAGCGCCAGGUUUCACCUGAAGAAAUCGGCAGUCCUCAAGAUCCGGCCUCAGAUAAGAGGCAGACGGGCGAAGCGAGGAAAGAGACUGAUGGUGACGAGUCAGCGCCGGAGAAAGAGCAACAGCAGCCUGAAGUUUCACCCAAAAGAGCCAGAAUGGGAAUGGACAUGGACUCACCAGCGGAGGACACGGCAUCUGGACCAAACGAUCAGGCAUCGACUUCCAGCGAGAAGCAAAACACUAGCAAGCCCUCGGCACCCUCUGGGAGGAAGCUCGGGAUACUCGAGAGAGCUGCCAGAGAAUUUGAAGCCUCUCAAGCGACUGAUAUAAGUCAAGACGACCAGCCUCUGAGUCAGGAAUCAUUCCUUACUGCCUCAGAUAAUGAUGAGUCUCAGAUCAGGGCGGCACGUGAAAGAGCUGUAAAGGAACAGGAAGUGAAUCCUGAGCAUCCUAAUGACGCAGAAGAGCCUGAACUAACUGCCCAAAGCCACAGGAGCACCCCAGGGCUAGAGGACGAUGACCCGGGUCCCAGCAGUGCCGCUCUACAAAUAAUGUCCAACGCUCACAUGUUCCUCUUUCAGCAUGAGUCCCAGGAGGAGGAGCUCAGCCAGCCGUCAGAGGAAGAUCCGCUCUCCCAGAGCCUGUUAGAGACAAAACAACAUGUAGUUAGGUUGAUGCAGGAAUCGAAGAAAGAAUUGGUUGAGGUCAUGAAAGCGCUGUUAAAGGCCAGCGGCGAUGUCACUCUGGCGCUGUCGUAUUUGCUUGAAGGAUAUGACCUGGAAGUCCACGGGCCCAUCUGGACUCGGCACGACGACGAAAUGCUUCUUUCAGCCGAUUCUGUCGAGUGUGAGAAGCUUCAUGAGAAAUACGGAGCCGAGAGCGUGUCCAAGAGAGCAGCGUUUCUGAAAGCAGAAAAUGGCAUAUGAAACUUUUAUAGCGUUAAAAAAAAUGCUGUGUCAUGGCAGUAAUCCUCCACAGCCUAAAACAUGAGCUACUCUUUUUUUUGUUUUAUUUUAAACUAUUGUCAUUUACUAUAAACCACAUUUUCUCCUAUAUGAUUUAAUAUUGUCAUUCGAAUCUGUU